AUGGGCUGUUGUACAUCAAAGAAGCCAGAUAAAAAUUCCAAUUCGCCCGAAAUCAUUAUCACGACUAAUAAAAACAUAGAAAAAAUUGUAUUUUCCGCUAAAACCCCUAACACUAGAUCAGUUACCGUUCAUGAAGUAUCUAAAAUCAGAAGAUCUUCACAUGUAGCACAUAAAAAUGGGCCUAUCGAAGAGUACUUCAAUGUAUUAGAAAAAAUUGGGUCUGGAGGGUAUGGGAACGUUUUUAAAGGGACUGAUAAGCAGACAGGUUUUUUUAGAGCUUUAAAAAAAAAAAAAAAACUAUUUUUUUAUAAUUAAAAAAAAAAAUAAAUAAAAAUAUUCCGAAACCUUUAAAAUGCAUCAAAAAGAACAAACUCAAAAACACAAACCUAAUGAGCGAGGUUGAACAUCUACAAGAACUCGUAAUCAUAACUCAGGAUCAUCCAAACAUCUUAAGAGUUUUGGAGGUGAUUGAAGAUUCGGAGAAUUUUUGAAUAGUUACAGAGCUCUGCAAAGGACCUAACCUCUUUGAAAAAAUCUCGAAAUUCGAAAUAUUUAGCGAAAAUCAAGCUGCGGUGUACAUGUAUGACAUUUUGUCAGCACUGAGCCAUUGUCAUAAGGCAGGGAUAAUCCACCGUGACAUUAAGCCAGAAAAUUUGCUUUUCGAGACCAGCAACGAAAAUUCAGUCUUGAAAAUCAUUGAUUUCGGGACAUCACGUAAAAUAACUGAAGAUAUAAAAUGUACAGAACUUAUAGGGACUGUAAUUUUAAAUUAGCCAUAUUAUGUCGCCCCAGAAGUGCUUGAAGGUGCCUAUGAUGAAAAGUGUGACCUGUGGAGCUGUGGGGUUAUUUUGUAUAUAAUGCUUUCUGGAUACCCUCCUUUCAAUGGGUUGAACACUGGGAAAAUUUUUAAAAAAAUUAAGCAUGCUUUAUACACGUUUUCUAGUGAAGAAUGGCAAGGGAUUUCUGAAGACGCCAAAGACCUCAUUUCUAAACUUCUUCAAAAAGACCCGAAUCAGAGACUCAGCGCAGAAGAAGCGUUGAUGCACAAGUGGAUCAAAAAAAGAUCUGACACUAAAAAUUUCUCUGUGAAUUCCAGCACCAUAAGCCAUUUAAGGCAUUUUAACUCAUCUUGCAAGCUAAAAGUGUCAGCUUUAAGCUAUAUAGCGAAUCAUUUGAGUACAUUAGAAGAAAUUACUGAAAUAAGGGAACUAUUUUUAAAGCUUGAUCUCAAUGGAGAUGGCAAACUUACUUUCCCAAUUAUCAUCAUGAAAAAAAUCCUCAAAAAAAUUAAAUAAAAAAUAAAUUAGUUAUAUAAGGAAGGAGGAAUUAGCAGAGAAGAACUCAAAAAAGGCUGCAAAGUCCUUGGACUCAAUAAAGCAGCAGAAAUUGAAGAUAUAAUGGAAAGAUGCGAUGCAGAUGGAAAUGGGUAUAUUGAUUAUACGGAAUUUAUUAUUUCUACCAUGGAUUGGGAGAAUAAGUUAUCAAUGGAUAAGCUUACUCCUCCAUUUAAGGAAACAAAUAAGGUGAUAAUUUUAUUUUAAAAAAAUAGAUUAAAAUUAUAUAUAAAGGAACUAUUUUAAAAUAGAACCAAUAUAUUUUUCACUAGUCUUAAGGAGGGUAAUUUUCCCAAUGUUUUUUCUCGCUCUUAAAGGAAUGGAGGGUUAGGGAAACGUUUAAAGCUUAUGAUACUGAUGGGAGCGGAGCAAUCAGUGUUGAAAAUUUAAAAAAUUUUUUUGCAAAUGACUUAAGUUUAAAUCCUGAAGAUUUUGAAGAAAUGCUGAGGGAGGGAGAUAUCAAUGGGGAUGGAAUCAUAGAUAUUGACGAGUUUAUGCAGGUUAUGAACUUCACGACUUAA